AUGUUCUUCAGAUACAUGCUGUUUCUGUUGACAGGUUUACUCUGCGUUAAUGCUGGAAAUUCUGCUGAGUUUACGCUGCAACUGGUAGCACCUGAAUCAACAGAUUUUGAUAACUAUAAUCUUUAUUUGAAUGAAUCUUUAUUUUCUAUUGAUGAUGUUACCACUACCAUUACGGGUUAUAUUCACAAUAAUGGAUCUUUAUUUGUUAGUGGUUCGGUUGUAGGAGAAGGAAGAGGUUAUUUGACAACUUCACCUCAAUCAAAAACGUGGAAAGUGACGUCUCCGUGGACAAUUUCCCAAGGACUUUUAAAAUUAAAUGGGAACUCGACCUUUUAUGCUGUUCCUGACACUUCAACUGGCAUAUAUAUGCUUAGUGCUGAUGAGGAGUCAACCAACAAAGGUAUUACUUUAGUCAACAUUAAACCGACUUUAAGUAAUGGAAAAAUUCUUCAAACUUGGCCCAAAUCUGGUAUUAGUCAUGGUCAUCUUGCCGCGGCCAUUGUGGUCCCUAUUAUAGUGGUAAUACUAGUUGUUGUUGGUGUUUUUUCAUGGUUGCGACUUCGAAAACAAGCAAUUUCUUCUAAUAAUAUACAUAUGAACAAUUAUUCUAAUAACAAAGCAGAAAGUGUAUGA